GCGGGCGCGCCGCCGAACCCCAGCGCCAGCGGGCGGGGUGGGGGAGGGGGGGGUCGAGUGCUGCGGAGAGCCCGCUUGGGCUCGCGGCACCGCGAUUGGUCGUUCUUGACUCCGCCUUCAACGCAUCUCAUUAGCAUCUCAUUAGCUGUCCGCUCGGGCUCGGGAAGCAGCCACCACAGCCAGUCUGAGGCAGGUGCCCGACAUGGCGAGUGCUGUGCUGCCGAGCGGAUCUCAGUGUGCGGCGGCAGCGGCUGUGGCGGCGGCGGCGGCGCCUCCCGGGCUCCGGCUCCGGCUCCUGCUGUUGGUCCUCUCGGCCGCGGCACUGAUCCCCACAGGUGAUGGACAGAAUUUGUUUACUAAAGACGUGACAGUGAUCGAGGGAGAAGUUGCAACCAUCAGCUGCCAAGUCAAUAAGAGUGACGACUCCGUGAUUCAACUACUGAAUCCCAACAGGCAGACCAUUUAUUUCAGGGACUUCAGGCCUUUGAAGGACAGCAGGUUUCAGUUGCUGAAUUUUUCUAGCAGUGAACUCAAAGUGUCACUGACUAAUGUCUCAAUUUCGGAUGAAGGGAGAUACUUCUGCCAGCUCUACACUGACCCCCCACAGGAAAGUUACACCACCAUCACAGUCUUGGUCCCUCCACGUAACCUGAUGAUCGAUAUCCAGAAAGACACAGCAGUUGAAGGUGAGGAGAUUGAAGUGAACUGCACUGCCAUGGCCAGCAAGCCAGCCACGACCAUCAGAUGGUUCAAAGGGAACAAGGAGCUCAAAGGCAAAUCGGAGGUGGAGGAGUGGUCAGACAUGUACACUGUGACCAGUCAGCUGAUGUUGAAGGUGCACAAAGAGGACGAUGGGGUCCCAGUGAUCUGUCAGGUGGAGCACCCGGCGGUCACUGGAAACCUGCAGACCCAGCGCUACCUAGAAGUGCAAUAUAAGCCACAAGUGCAUAUUCAGAUGACUUACCCUCUACAAGGCCUAACCCGGGAAGGGGAUGCACUCGAGUUAACAUGUGAAGCCAUCGGGAAGCCCCAGCCCUUGAUGGUAAAUUGGGUGAGAGUCGAUGAUGAAAUGCCUCAACACGCCGUACUGUCUGGGCCCAACCUGUUCAUCAAUAACCUAAACAAAACAGAUAAUGGUACUUAUCGCUGUGAGGCUUCCAACAUAGUGGGAAAAGCUCAUUCGGAUUAUAUGCUGUAUGUAUACGACACCACGGCGACGACAGAACCAGCAGUUCACGAUUCUCGAGCAGGUGAGGAGGGCGCCAUCAGGGCGGUGGACCACGCAGUGAUUGGCGGCGUAGUGGCUGUGGUGGUGUUUGCCAUGCUCUGCUUGCUCAUCAUUCUGGGCCGUUAUUUUGCCAGACAUAAAGGUACAUACUUCACUCAUGAAGCCAAAGGAGCCGAUGACGCAGCAGACGCAGACACAGCUAUAAUCAAUGCAGAAGGAGGACAGAACAACUCUGAAGAAAAGAAAGAGUACUUCAUCUAGAUCAGCCUUUUUGUUUCAAUGAGGUGUCCAACUGGCCCUAUUUAGAUGAUAAAGAGACAGUGAUAUUGGAACUUGCGAGAAACUCCUGUGGUUUUUUUAUGAAUGGGUGGAAAGGUGUGAGACUGGGAAGGCUUGGGAUCUGCUGUAUUAAAAAAAAAAUGUUCUUUGAAAAGUACACUCUGCUGUUUGACACCUCUUUUAUCUGAUUUUGGUUUGGGAUUUGGGGGGGGUUUGUUUUUGGUUUUGUUUUUCUUCCUCCCAAGUCAAACUUGGAUACUGGAUUUCAUUUCAGUAGAUUGCAGAAAGUUCUGUGCCUUGUUUUGCAUUUCUUUGUUGUGUUCCCCCCACACACACCCUUUUCCUUUUGAUGCAUUAAUUUUUCCCCAAAAUAAAUUUGGGGUGUUUUAUUUCCCCCCAAACCUCCCAUUUUUGGAAUUUACCUGCUGGGAUUCCUUAAGACUCUUCCCAUUUUUGUUAGGGGUUUUUCCUUUUGUUUGUGUUUAUGGUAACGGCUUUCUGUUCCAAAUUCAGUUUCAUAAAGGAGAACCAGCACAGUUUAGAUUUCAUAGUUCAGAAUUUAGUGUAUCCAUGAUGCAUUCUUCUCUGUUGUCGUAAAGAUUUGGGUGAAAAACAAUGAAAACUCUUUGCUGCUGCCCAUGUUUCAAAUACUUAGAAGCAGCAAAGACUAGAAAAUUAGACUGUGACUCAGAAACUGUUGUGUUUGCUGUGGAACUACAUUACUGUACAGGGUUAUCUGCAAGUGGGGUGUGUCGCAAUGAGAUUGACUCUGUCUUUAAUUCUGUAUCUGUAGGCGGCUCAGUAUAGAUACCCCAUGCUGUCCAGAAAGGUUUGAGGUGGAAGGUCUCCUCCUUCCUCAGUGCCCUAAGCAGACCCGACAGGUGAGGUCUGUCCCUUUUAUUUAAGUGGACAAAUUUGAGUUGCCACAGGAGGGAAAAAGGGGAGGGCAAGACAGUUCUGCUCUGGUUAUUUCUGUUCCAAACAAUUCCAUCCACCUUUCCCAAUCGGCCUUACUUCUCACUAAUGUGUAGGAAAAAACAAGUCCACGUGUCGUACGAAUGACUGAAGGGGACAGGUUUUUGUUUUGGUUUGGUUUUGGGUUUUUUUCUUUCCUUUGUGCUUAGUUAGCAAGGCAGUAGGAUGUGACCUGCAUGUACUGUAUAUUACAGAUAUUUGUCCUGCUGGGAUUUCCAACUCGAAUCCCUAUGAAACUCUCAUUCCUUCAGAUUUGGCUUGGCAAAGGCGGGAGGUACAGAGGAAGGGCCAGUAUUGUUCUCAAGACUGGUCAGCUGUCAGUCUCAGUUCUUGGAAGGUCAGAGCCGAGGUGGAAAAACAGCAUGUAGAGAUUUUCAGUUACUUAAUCAAAACUCAAAUGUGAGCGUUUUUAUCUUUCUACCUUUCAUACACUAGCCUUGGCCUCUUUCCUCAGCCUUAAGAACCGUCUGCCAAAAAAAAUUCCUGAUCUCGCAUGAUGGCAGCCAUAGCGCAUAGCUACUAAAAUAAGUUACCUUGAACAUAUCUUAGACGGAGCCUUGGGAGCAGGUAGAGGAGUCAAGUUACCAUUUGCAUUUUUUUAAAGCAAUGUGGGGAUUUUCACCGAAAUGUCUAGGAAAUCUAGAAGUAGUCCUGAAGGACAAAAACUAAACUCUUACCAUAUGUAUUGGUAAGGCUCCAGACUCCAGAUGACAGUCCCUAUGGAAAGAUGGCAU